GUCUACUAAUAUGAAAAUUAAGAAUGAUACCACAAUUUUCAAUCUCUCUCAAAAUCCAUAAAUUGGAAACCAAAUAAGUGAAGGUUUUGGGAGUAAUCAUCCAGCUAGCUAUGAUUAGAACCACUCUUCUGCAAGUUAAUUUCAACUGUGUCCUGUGCAAGAAAUUCGUUCUGCAAGCCAUUGCAAGACGUGAAGGUAUAGAUUGUGUGAGCAUAAAAACAGGGGAGAGGAAAUUGGUAGUGGUUGGAACAGUACGUCCGGAGUUUCUUGUAAAGGAAAUAAAGAAGAUUGGAAAGGAUGCGGAGAUAAUACAAGUUAGAGAGCAUAGACGGAAUGGUGAUGAUACACAAGCGACAGCGGCAGCUCCGACUAAUGAUGAAAAUGUUGAAGGAAAUAAUAACGUAAGACAGUUGCCAAGAAUGUGUAGAGAGUGCCAGAGUCGAACUGGGGUUGAAAUUGGUUGUAGGCCUUAAUUGGUCAUGAUCCACACUACUAAAUGAUUAAUAUAGUUACCAGAAUUGCUGUUGUUUAAUUAUGUAAAUUGUUUUAGACUGCUAAUUUCGUGCUCGAAAAAAGAUUGAUGUUUACACCAA